UUUAAAAUUUAUCACAAGAUAAGAUUUUAUAUAUAUUUGGCGAGGACUUUAUCAUCAGACGGAAUUGCAGUUUUCUAUUAUAACAAUAUCAGCAAUGUAAGGAGCAAAAAGAAGAUACAUAAAUAAUAUGACCAAAAAAUAUUUUAUGUGUAUAUAAUAUAAUAUAAUUAAAUAUAAAUAUUAUAUUAAUUAAAGAUCAUUGAUCUUUAAAAAAAUAAUUUUUCUACUGUAAUAUUGGAUAAGUGAAUUUUCGUUACAUUCAACGAAAGGCAACAAAAAAACUGAUUUCGGUUUUCAAUUUUUUCAAAGAAUUGCAAUGAAUGGAAAAAGGGAAAAAAAUGAAAAAACAGAAAAAACCAAAUUAUGUCUUAACCUUUAGAUGAUAACAUUAUAGCUCACAAGAUCACUAAUUAAUUCUAAAAUCAGUAUAUAUUAUCGAAUUACGCGGGAAAGAACUGACAUUUUAAUGCAUUAACUGUAAAUUGUCGAUAUUUAAAGAGAGCAGAUAUAAUUGUUGCUUAUUGUACAUUUCCUAAAAAAAUAUUGAAAAUCGUUACGAAAAUGUGAUUAUUGGUAGGUAAUAUAUGUAUGUGAUCUCGUUAAACUGUUUUUUAAAAUAAAAAAUAAUAUUUUUCAUGUAAAAAAGUAUGAUCUGUGUACCUUGUUUUUCUUUCUUUGUAGUCUAUUAAAGGUAUUGCUACCUCUGAUUUAGGCUUUCUUUAAAAUUGUGUAUAUAAUUCGAUUAGUAAAAAGACCUAUCUUCUGAAGGUUAAUAUACCUGCCUUACACUCCCUGGGGAUAACUAGAGAGAGUCGAUAAGAUCGAUGGUCGGUGAUUACAAUGCUCGUGUUCUUUCGAAGCGUUCCUGUGCAUAAUGCAGCUUCCCGUGCAUAUCAAAUUCAGGCAUACAAAGUUAAUCCAUUUCAAAUGGAUUAAACGAGAGAAAAAUUACAAAAACUACGUAUUAUAAAAACGUUCGAGUAGACCUCUUUUUCUCUUUUCAAGACAUUUCUUACAAGAAUCAAACAAGGAUUAUACCAGUCUUUGAUUUUAAAUAACCUGAAUAAGAAAGUCUGUUUUUUUCUUCAUAAAAAAUACUUUGGAUUUUCUUUUACUGCAUUCUCUUUCGGUGUUCUGUUACUAUUAUUAUUGUUCGAUUUUAUUUUAUCGAGAAUUGUUAGAUUACAAUACUUGCGUUGUUUCGAAGCGUUCCUCUGCCAUAAAACUUUCACAUAAGGAACAAAGCUUGACCUCCGUUUGAAUUUUAUACCUGAGUAUUGAGACUACCUGAAUAACAUGUCAUGGUGAUGUAUUAGUCUAGGGAUCUUAAUUUAUGAUAUUUUAUUGGAGAUUCAACGAGGCAGGUAGUGCCGAGAAAAUCUGCUUUCCUUCCAGAAGAAAGUUUGUAUCUUCAGUUUCUUAUAGCUUGCUCUGGUAAGAGCACAUGUGACAUCCAUCUCUUCGAAAAAAAAUAAAGUAUAAAGUUCAAGAAUACUAUCUGUUAUCUGUUUCAUUAAAGGAUCGUUCAUAUCGAACGCAGUGUGUCUCACAGCGUGAAAAAUAUUCUCCAGUAAAGUUUCCGCAAAUUACAAUAGUGUUUCCAGUAAGUGCUCCAUACUUAAUAAUUAAUAAUCAAUUAAUUAUUCUAUGGUCCCAAUGCAUGGUAUCAGUGAUAAAUGGAAAAGACGUGUUUUUCGAAUAUCUACUAUAAACAAAUUUAAAAAAUUAUAUACAAACAUACUGAAAGUACCAAUAUAUCUUUAUAAGUUGUAAAGCUAUAAAUCAUAAUAUAUGCAAAGAGAAAUUGUGUCGUAGUAAAGUAGAUCCAGAAAGCAUAAAAUAAUUAUUAUAAUAUCAUUACGAUAAUAUUCAAUAAGGUGUAACGUUUCAAACAUAUCGUAUUUAAUUAUUAAAUGUUAAAUACAACGUUAAUAUAAACUAACUUUGAAUAUAAUUUAGAGAUAAAAUUGUUAAAACAUUUCAACAAUGUUUGAAAAAAAUCAUGUAUCGAAUAAUGUUCUUAAAUGUUUAUAGAAUAUUAUCUUCAAAUGUUUUAAAAUGUUUUUUGCUUAUUGGGAACGUACCUUCAUCUAGUGUGAAUAUAUCUUUAUGGGCCUCAUUACAUUAUCAGGCAGUGUGUUAGUGACGAUAAACCUAUCUAAACAGUCGAGUCAGUUAUAAAGAGAAACCACCGGGCUACACGCGCCUUCGUCUCAGUUUGACUCAAGCUUCCUUCAGGCUAGCUACGUCAUAGCAAAGCAUACCGGACGCAAGCAACAUGGAUGUCAUGAAAGCAGGUUGGUUCAGUGAAUUGAACGAACUCUGGCCCGGCGUUGCACUUUCGUUAGAAGUGGAGGAAAUAUUGCAUGCAGAAAGAUCUCGAUUCCAAGAUAUUUUGAUAGUAAAAACAAAAUCACACGGUAAAGCUUUAAUGCUCGACGGUGUGAUCCAAUGCACGGAGAAAGAUGAGAUGUCCUAUCACGAAAUGAUAUCGUAUUUACCGCUCUGCAGUCAUCCAAAGCCUCAGCAUGUUCUGAUAGUCGGAGGUGGCGAUGGUGGGGCUGCCCGAGAAGUCGCGAAACAUCCGGAUGUAGAGCGCGUCACGUUAGUGGAUAUCGACGACCGAGUUAUCGAGUUGUGCAAGCAAUAUCUGCCUCAUUUGAGUUUGGGCCUUAACAAUCCCAAAGUGAACGUUUCUGUUGGCGACGGUUUCGAAUUUCUAAGGCACCAUCGUGCGGAAUUCGAUGUCAUCAUUACCGACAGCAGUGAUCCCGUAGGUCCCGCAGAGAAUCUCUUUAAACAGUCGUACUAUGAAUUACUAAAGGGUGCGUUGAAACCUGGUGGAAUUAUUGCCAGCCAGGCUGGCACAGCAUGGAUGAACAUGGACCAAGUACGCAACACACUCCAGCAUUGCAAGACUGUGUUUCCCGUUGCUGCCUAUGCGGUAACGGCUGUACCGACGUACCCCACGGGUCAAAUCGGUUUCGUUCUUGGCAGCUUAAACGAACAAACAAAUUUAACAGAACCGGUGAAGACAUUCAGCGACGAAGAUCUCGAUUCUAUGUCGAUGAUGUAUUACAAUGAUAAAGUACAUCGGGCAGCUUAUGUCUUACCAAGAUUCGUGGAGAAGGCUUUACGCGGUGAUUAAAGUAUUACCUAAAUGUAAACUAGCGAUAUUUAUUAAAUUCGAUUUAAAAGCAGUGAGUGAAACAGUGAAAUUUACUUGGUCUGGUAUCUGCGUGUAAAUAAUACUUCAGAUCUCUUGUGAUAAAUAAACAUAAUUAUUUACAUACACUAUCUAAAUCUGAAUUAGUGAAAUUUUGUUUAUUUGUAGUGCCACACUUAUAACUGUGAUUAUCGAUGACUAUACUCUGUAUCUGUAUAUCUAUAAAUAUGAAUAAUACAAAUUAAAUCCCGAAAAAAAUACAAACAAAAAUAAAUCUUUUCUUACAUA